AUGCCUUCCCAUUGUAUUGUUCCUGGAUGCAAAGGAAAUUAUGAUAAUGGUCCUCGUGUGAGAGUCUACAGUUUUCCAUCUAAUGAAAUUUUAAAGAAGAAAUGGCUUAAAGCUAUACCUCGGAGCAAUUUUAAAUUAACGAAAGCUUCAAAAGUUUGCGAACUUCAUUUCAAAGAUGAAGAUAUUGAGAUGGAGACAAGUGCAUAUGAUCCAUCCUCUGGAAAAAAAAUAAGUGCACCUCUUUCACGUUCUCGAUUAACGAAAGAAGCAAUACCAUCUCUAUUUCCGGGUUGCCCUGCAUAUUUAUCCUAUCAGAAACAGAAUCGAGAAGCUCUGCAUGAUAAAAAAAACAGUACGAUUACAAAAUCAGCAACUGCAUUUGGCUCUAAAGGAAAGCAUUAA